UUGCAGGUUCAAAGCACCUCUCAUGUCUAAAGAAACCAAUCCAGGAUCUACCUAUCAUGAUUUUUGUCCCAUUUGUGGUUCAAUACUACCCUUGCCCAAAAGCAAAGGGAAUAUUCAGUGCCAGGUGUGCUCAUUUGCCAUAGAUAGACGAGACAUACAUGGUACCAAGACGACAUACACCAUCUUUUUCAAUGGUCUUCAGAGCCAGGAAUCCCAAUCUGAGCAGGAGCAGUCUGAUGAUGGACCUCUGGUUGAGCGUGAAUGUAGACAAUGUGGUCACAAUGAAAUGUGUUAUGCCACCCUCCAACUACGGUCAGCAGAUGAAGGGCAGACUGUAUUUUACACUUGUCCAAAGUGUGGAGUCCUGGAUGAAGAACCCAUCACAUUGAAUUCAAGAGGAGUCUUCUUCAGUGCUUCCAACUUUGCUUCCAGAGCAGCUAUC